CGGAUUGCACCAUUUAUCACUGAGAAGUUAUCACGAAAGGAACUAUUACCAUGUCGUUGCCCACGACCAGAGCCACCACGGCGACGGCCACACACGCGGUUGUCCAGGCCGUUGAAACUUACAUUCAGAACCAGAAUUUGCUGGGCGAGAUCGCCGAACUGGACGAUAUGCUGUAUAACUUGGUGCACAUGCACAAGGACAACGAGCUGGCUCUGAAGCGGGUUCUGCAGUGCAUCCACAAUCUGCUGCAGACCAACUGCAAGUGGAACGUGCGCUUUGGUCCAAAGGUGUUCCAUAAACUCGUCUCCGUUGUGAUUGCAGAUAGUCGUGAGGAUUCACUUAGUCGGCGGCAAUUAGUCGCCAAUUUGCUGGUCUGCGUACAGCUCCAUGUCAGGAAGUUCCCGCGCAUCGAGGCCAAGUUCGUGCUGCAACAGCUUUGGUCGCUAGGCCAAAGCAAUGAGAAUCAGCCACAUGCGGCUCAGAUCCUGGUUCAUCUCUUCGAGGAGUUUGCGAACAACCUGGGCUCAGAUUUAGGGCUAGAAUUGCUGGCUGUCACCCAAAAUCUCCUGCAGUCGGAGGUACGCGAAGAUCGCCGUUCUGCCUAUUUCCUUAUGCACAAGCUGCAGGAAAACAAAGAAGUAAUGGCUGCGCUGCAGUGCAGCGAACUUCAAUGGAGCGCCUAUGUGGGCAUCAUGGAGAACCUUGAGGAGCAGCAGUCCCAUCUGGUGCUACCCACUUUGAGCACCCUGCUUCCACGCUUGGGAUUGAUGUCUAAUAGCUUAAGUAAUGAUUGGCUUGCCUGGCUAAGGAUCCUGUGCAGACGCCUCCUGGGAGACAACAACAUCCUUGUGCUGCGCUGGACCCUCAAGUACUUCCUUACACAUUCCAACCUGACCCAACUGUCCCGCUUUAAUCUGCUGCCGGAAUUUCUAGCUGCUACCAAUCGAACGCAACUUUACAACCCGGAGGUGCCCGAUUGCCUCACACAGGAGCAAAUAAAAGACUUCAUGGCGGAAUUUCCGUCGGAAUCUUUGCUGGAGGCCCUAGUUGAAGUUCCGUGGCAUUGUGUCCCACUCCUCCAUUGGAUGUGGGGCUGGGAACUACAGCAGUUGCCUGUGGUCUCUAAGGAGUCGCUCUUCCAGUUGAGUGCCCGCAUUCGCGCCCUUCAAAAUACUAUUCUGCGAGAUGCUGCAAUCAAGGCAGUAAACUUUUCCUUAAGUGCUACAAUUGACAGCCUGUCUUUAAGCGACUACCUGCUUUUUAUCGAGUGCUUGUACAAUACCAUCGACAAAUAUGAUGACCAUCAUAGACUAGGAUUAAAAAUCAAAAAUUGCAACGAUUUUGAAGAACAUAUUGCUAAGUUCAACAGUCGAUGCUGCGAGCUUGUCUCUCAAAUGGACUACAAACACGACGUUUUCAUUGCGUUUUUGGAGAAAGUGAGGACAGUGCCAAAAUUACAACACGGUUGGUGGCGUCUUUUACCCAUAUUUUUACACUUGGAGCUAGACAUGCCCGAAAAAUAUUUGGAAUUCUAUCGGUCUGUCUAUGACGUGAAUACAUCGAUGCUUAAGAGUGGUGUAAGUCUCAAGGAAAUGCAGGAACACCUUCAUAAUCGCCUGAAUUGCCAGACCAGGGAGGAAACGUCCUUUGUGCGAGAGCAUUGCGUAGAUCUCUUUGUUAGACUUAAUAUACAAACAUGGAGCAAAUUUAAGGAGUUGAACCAUAAACCCUUGGAACUCCUAGACCAAGGCUCUGAAGACACAUUUUUAAACUUAUCAAUUAUUUUGUCCACGCAUAAAGAACCAUUGAACUUGGAGGACCAGAACUUGUUGCCCGCUCUGAUUUCCCGAUUAGGAAAGCUCAAGUGUCGGGAAACGCAAGCAAUCUUGUCUUACGCGGCCCACAAUCUUAGUCCAGACGAGUACGAGAAAUGCGUGGUAGACGUUUUGCAAAAAAACACUUUCUUGUUGAAUACCAUGAACAGUGAAGAAUACAUUAGAGCACCAUCUUCGCUUGUCCUAAAAAAACUUCUGGAAGGAGAAACCACUACUGGCGAUGCACGGAUAGAACGCGCUUUCGAGCUUACAUUCGGUCAGAUUGCAGAUGCGGAAGCCAUGACUCGAUUGCAAUUUAUUGGAUAUGCACAUAAGUACAAAGAUUUGGACGUACGUAGCAUUUGUGACGAUUUGUUGAGCAUGAACAACGAACUGUCCAAAAAGAAGCCACGUUAUUUUGCCAACUGCAAGGAACACAGGAUAAAAAUGCGAAUUGCUAAAGCGUUACUUGACCUAAGCGAUCGUUGGAUUUGGUCGAAAGAAUUAUGGGAGGCCGCGUUGUGUCCUAGUGAUCAGCCUAACAUAAGCUUUAUGUACGAGUACCUUGUGGCCAAAAUGUUGCCCAGUAUCGAUCCGUUGCUGGAACAACUAAAGCUGCUGCCAACUUUCAAGCCUAGCCAGCAAAUGUCGCUAGUCUCUAUUGUGCACAUUUACUGCUUGGCUCGCUGGGAAAGUCUGAAACUGGAUCAGUUAUCCGAAAUCUUUGCCGUUCUAAUGCCCCUCACAAUGGGAGCGAAUUUUCAGACUCGACUGCUGGCUCAGUUGGUUCUGCAUCGUCUUUGUACUAAGUGCGAACUCAAUAGCUUUGACUUGAUCAUAGCUGAUUCAUUAAAGAACUCUAUCGAGGUCACGCUGGGCGAAAAAUUGGAAGAGUUUCAAAGUGAAGCUCGACUUUUGCUACCGGAAAUAGGCUCACAGUGCUCAUAUGUUUCUGACGGUAUUCUUUGGAUGACAAAUGCACCUUUUGAUGAAAACAUUAAUUUUAUUAGCUGUAGAUAUGACUUUAGAAUGAAACUUGAACGGGCUCGUCAGUCGUUUAAAGCCAAAAAGUCAGGGCUGACACCUGAGCUGGCAUCGCCUACGGGUGCGUGCAAUGGAAAUGUGCAGAGAAAAAUGAAUCCGGUAGGAGAUAUAUUUCCGGAAAGUGACUUUGUCGAUGCGAGCCAUACUUCUGAUAGCAACGAGCUGAUUGUGGUGGCUUCCCUUAUAGACAAGCUGCCCAAUUUGGGAGGAUUGGCGCGGACUUGUGAAGUAUUGGGUGUAAAAACGCUGAUAUUGGGUUUGAAAUCGCAGGCAGAGAAGAGCGAUUUCACAAAUUUAAGCAUGACGGCCGAGAAAACUUUGAGCAUUGUCGAGGUGAAACCGGAAACUCUUUCUGAAUUUCUGUUGGAAAAGCAAAUGGAGGGCUAUAAAAUCGUUGGAGCUGAGCAAACAGCACACAGCACAGACUUUACUGACUUUAAGUUUCCCAAGAAAAGCAUUCUAUUAUUGGGGCAUGAAAAGCAUGGAAUUCCAGCGAACCUUAUUGGAUUCUUGGACUUCGCCGUCGAAAUUCCUCAGUUUGGUUUAGUGCGCUCCUUAAACGUCCAUGUGACUGGAUCUCUUUUUAUUUGGGAAUAUUGCAAGCAACACAUGACAAAGAAGUAAAUUGUUAUUUAGCCACCGAUAAUGUAAAUAAGACAAUUCACAAAAGCCUUUAGUAACUAAGUUCAAAUGUUAUUGGAUAAAAAAAUAUAUGUUUUAUGCUUUGAAAGUAUAAAAUACAAUUUAUUUUUAAC